AUUUUGGUUGCUUCAAGCACCCGUACUGUAAAUACUAGACACGAUGCGCAUUCACUUCCAAGCGCUCCUAUUAAGGACUACACACUUGACCGCUGUGAUCAGUCCAAGGGGCAGGACGGAGCUAUGGCCGCAUUUUUUAAAGCAAGAAGCGCUAUCGGCUUAUGUCUCAGUGGUUGUCGGAGAUUGUCACAGCUCGCGGAGCUACCAGAGACUCAUCAGAUACUCAGACAGACCUGCAGAGACUACGCUGACCGGGAACUUGCCCCCAUUGCUGCCAGCCUUGACAAGGAGCAUUCAUACCCGGCAAAACAGAUUCAGGAGUUGGGAUCGAUGGGGGUGUUGGCCAUGGAGGUACCAGAGGAGCUGGGUGGAGCAGGGAUGGACUACCUAGCAUACAGCCUGGCCGUGGAGGAGAUCAGUCGGGGCUGCGCUAGCACUGGAGUGAUCGUCUCCGUUAACAAUUCUCUCUAUAUUGGGCCAAUAUUAAAGUUUGGUACAGACGAGCAGAAAAAGCAGUGGAUCACACCGUUCACCUCUGGAGAGAAGGUGGGCUGCUUCUCCCUGAGUGAGCCAGGUAACGGCAGUGAUGCAGGUGCAGCGUCCACGACAGCUCGACAGGAGGGAGAUGAGUGGGUGCUGAAUGGAACCAAGGCCUGGAUCACCAACAGCUGGGAUGCCUCCGCCACUGUUGUGUUUGCCACUACAGAUAAGAAGCUCAAACAUAAGGGAAUCAGUGCCUUCCUGAUCCCCAUGCCGCACCCCGGGCUUUCUCUGGGAAAGAAGGAAGACAAAUUGGGCAUCAAAGCCUCGUCCACCGCCAACAUCAUCUUGGAGGACUGCAGAAUACCGCUGGGCAACAUGCUGGGCCCUCGUGGGGCUGGAUUCAAGAUUGCCAUGCAAACCCUGGACAGCGGGAGGAUCGGCAUUGCAUCUCAGGCUCUGGGCAUAGCUCAGGCCUCUCUGGACUGUGCUGCAGACUACGCACACAAACGGACCGCGUUCGGUGCUCCUAUUGGCAAACUGCAGGCCAUACAGUUCAAACUUGCUGACAUGGCUGUGGCGGUAGAGAGCGCUCGUCUGCUCACCUGGAAGGCUUCCCUUCUGCGCGAUUCCAAGAAAGCCUUCACUAAGGAAGCUGCUAUGGCCAAGCUGGCAGCGUCUGAGGCCGCCACAUUCUGCUCCCAUCAGGCGAUCCAAAUCCUGGGUGGAAUGGGGUACGUGACGGAUAUGCCCGCAGAGAGGCACUACCGCGACGCUCGCAUUACGGAGAUCUACGAGGGCACCAGCGAGAUCCAGAGACUGGUGAUCGCCAACCAGCUACUGAAGGAAUACGAGUCAUAGGUUGGACAUCGCCACGGAGAUUUCACCUCAUCAUCACUAAAGAAAAAGAAGCCACCUCAUUAAAACUUGGUUUUCACUAAGUUGCAGCUUUUAUAUAUUUUUAAGUGACAGACAUUUAACAUAAGGACAGUAAGUAACAGAGUGGUGUGUAUUGAUCUGUUGCAGAUAAUCACUGGACACACACUUAACUCCUGUGCCAAGAAUUAAUUUCCACAUCAUUGUUUUUUUGACUGACUCUUUAAGUUCACAACUUUAAACCAGGAUCAUUUUGUUCUCACUGUUGACGCCUGCAUCUUUUCUCCUGUUGCGUCUAUGAAGAGGUUUAGCCACCAGGGGGCGACAGUGUGCCUUCACUUGUCUUGACCCAUUUCUGUCUGGGAUUCCUGAAUCCUUGGAAAUACUGCAGUGGAAUCGGUUGCACACUUGUUUCCAGAGUGUACAUGGUUUUAUUAACUUAUUUUUCAGGUUGGAAGCUACUGCUGAUACUUGAAUGAUGUUUGUUGACUUGCACAUUUUAGGUGGUCAACCUUUUAAAGAAUAAAAGAUUACAUAUGUGAAUUUGUAAAACAUUAA